UGCCGUAUCAUACCGUACUGUACCAAAUCACACCACGGUUCGACCAAUUUGGACCCGACGAAACCAUGAAGGCCUGGAUGAACCGUCGUCUGGCGACUACGCGGGUGGUGGUGAUCACCAUUGCCGGUUUGGUCGGUACUGGGUGUGACGCGUGGGACUUGCGCAUGUCGGCGACGCUCACCCUCCCGCACCGCACUACGGCAACCCGCAGUCUCUCCUCCUCGUCUCGUCGUCCCACACGUUCCGUGUCCCCGACUAUUUCUUCCCGCGGCCGUAACGAUCACCGUAGCGUCGAAUCAACCGUAAGUGCGCGUCCCGUCGUGGACCUGGGUCCGAGUGUCCCGAUUCCCACGGAACCAUCGCUGCCGUUUUUCCUUGUCCCCAAGGAAACUCGGACUGCGUUGGACUUCGUGUCGUUGAAAGAGACGGAUGUGAGUUUGGACGCUUUAUUCUUUGCCGAUCGAACCGACGCAUCGAUGGAACAUGAGUUGGUUGACUCGUUCCCCCGGACCGACACGCCCACUAGCGUGGUGGUUGAAGAUACCUACACCGAGUGGAUCGAAGCCGUCGGGGGAGCCGCGGUGGGCACCACCGUCCUGUGCCUCGGCUCAGGGGCAAUGGACGCACAAGGGGCCUGUAUGGCCGGGUUGAUGGUGGGCGUCCUGUCGGGCCUUCCCGAACCCUUGUCGCGCAAUCCGCUCUCGGCCAUCCUCUACCAAGUCGGCUACGGCCUUUCCAGCGUAACCCGCCACAGCCUGGAAGCCGUGCCCUUUGACCCAAACGUCGUGCAGCACUCGACCCGUGGGGCUUGGUCACUACUCACGGAAGUCACUCGGCAAGCCCAAGAAAAGGUAGAGAUUAAUUGGAUUCGCCCUGGAGUCGGUACCAGGAGCAUGCAUGCGACCCCUUGGAUGGCAACCAUGGCGAUCGAACCCUCGCACAAAUUCGUCUCGAUUCCGAGGCAGUACAGAAAGGUAGAUAUGGAUGAUGAAGUUCACAGCAUUCGCAUUACGGACGGCAUGGACCGGGCCCGAGCCAAGGCUCAUCAACGACUUGUCUCGGUGCGAGAUGAAUGGGAAGCGGCAACAUCUUCCCUGCAAUACCGGUUUCCAUCCUGGCGCGACCAGAGCCGUCCACACCUUUACGAACUCGCCUCGGAGGCCGAACGUCAAGGUUGGACUUCCUCCAGUAGUCUCCUCCGUACCUUGGACGAUGUGCGAGCGCUGCCCGCACAAACAUCAGUCAAAUUGAGUGAUUUGCGUCGUCGCACGAACGCUCAUUGA